AGCCGAUCGAGGGUAGAGAGAAGUGAAGCAGAGCGCAACUUGAGAUUAUCUUCCUUUCUAACUAGCUCGUCACACCGUGCAGUUGCCGAGCCGUUAAGUUGUUAAAUUUCAAGUUCGUGUUACUUUAAAUUUUAAGUUUUAUUUCAACAGUUGCAUUUAAAGAAUUCCAAACCGUCAAAAUGGGUAAAGAAAAAGUUCACAUUAAUAUUGUCGUAAUUGGACACGUAGAUUCUGGUAAGUCUACCACCACUGGACACUUGAUCUACAAAUGUGGUGGUAUCGACAAACGUACCAUCGAAAAAUUCGAAAAAGAAGCCCAGGAAAUGGGAAAAGGUUCCUUCAAAUAUGCAUGGGUACUCGACAAACUUAAGGCUGAACGUGAACGUGGUAUCACCAUUGAUAUUGCUUUGUGGAAAUUUGAAACUGCUAAAUACUAUGUAACCAUCAUUGAUGCCCCUGGUCACAGAGAUUUCAUCAAAAACAUGAUUACUGGUACUUCCCAAGCUGAUUGUGCUGUACUCAUCGUCGCUGCUGGUACUGGUGAAUUCGAAGCUGGUAUUUCAAAGAACGGUCAAACUCGUGAACAUGCUCUCCUUGCUUUCACUCUUGGAGUAAAACAACUUAUCGUUGGUGUUAACAAAAUGGAUUCCACUGAGCCCCCAUACAGUGAAAAUCGUUUUGAGGAAAUCAAGAAGGAAGUAUCCUCAUACAUUAAGAAGAUUGGUUACAACCCUGCUGCUGUUGCUUUUGUCCCAAUUUCUGGUUGGCAUGGAGACAACAUGUUGGAGCCAUCUGAGAAGAUGCCAUGGUUCAAGGGAUGGGCAGUUGAACGUAAAGAAGGAAAGGCUGAUGGUAAAUGUUUGAUUGAAGCUUUGGAUGCCAUCCUCCCACCUUCUCGUCCAACUGAGAAACCUCUACGUCUUCCACUUCAGGAUGUCUACAAAAUUGGUGGUAUUGGAACAGUACCUGUAGGCCGUGUGGAAACUGGUGUAUUAAAACCCGGUAUGGUAGUCGUUUUCGCCCCAGCUAACAUUACUACUGAAGUAAAAUCCGUAGAAAUGCACCACGAAGCUCUCAUUGAAGCCGUACCCGGAGACAACGUUGGUUUCAACGUAAAAAACGUAUCUGUCAAAGAAUUGCGUCGUGGUUACGUCGCAGGAGACUCCAAAAACAAUCCACCCAAGGGAGCUUCAGACUUCACCGCUCAGGUUAUUGUCCUCAACCACCCUGGACAAAUCUCAAACGGUUACACCCCAGUACUAGAUUGUCACACAGCCCACAUUGCCUGCAAAUUCGCUGAAAUUAAACAAAAGGUCGACCGUCGUUCUGGAAAGGCCACUGAAGAAAAUCCCAAAGCCAUCAAAUCUGGAGAUGCUGCCAUUGUCAACUUGGUACCCACCAAGCCAUUGUGUGUAGAAUCAUUCUCAGAAUUUCCACCUCUAGGACGUUUCGCCGUUCGUGACAUGAGGCAGACUGUAGCCGUAGGUGUCAUCAAGUCUGUCGCCUUCAAGGACCCCAGCGCCGGAAAAGUCACAAAAGCAGCAGAAAAAGCACAGAAGAAGAAAUAGCCUUCGUAAACUCCAUUUAUAUACUUUUUAUAUAUUAUCCUUU